CUCAGUCGUGAAAGUGUGAAGAAAAAUGAAGUGCUUGAUCGUGUUUUCGCUGGUCGUCGUGGGCUGUGCGCUGGCCCAGAACUUCAACGAUGGACGCUACUAUCCGGAACAGUUCGCUGGUCGGUACGACGAUGGAAAGUACCGUCCGGAUGGCAGUGGCCUGUACCGUGGACAGGACGAUGGCAAGUACCGCGGUGGUCAGGGAAAUCGUGGAGGAUCAGGAUCGGGCUCUGGUAACCGUUUCGGAUCGGGAUCCGGAUCAGGCUCCGGUUCCGGCAACCGCUUCGGAGGUGGUGCCCCCGUCAAGGUGAUCGCAGCCCCAGCUCAAGUGUUCGCCCCGGUUGCCCCGGCCAAGCGAUUCGGAGGUAACUCGGGAGCCUCGGGUGACCAGAUUGGAAUCAAGGAGCAGACCCGUGAGCUGAACGAGGACGGCUACUUCUACCGGUUCGUGAACGAGAACAACAUCGAGGUGGCCGAAUCGGGCCGCAUCGAGAACCGUGGUAGCGACAACGAGGUGCUCCGUGCCAAGGGCUUCUACGAGUACAUUGGAGAUGAUGGUGUCCGUUACCGCGUGGACUACAUCGCCGACGAGAACGGUUUCCAGCCGACUGCCGACCAUCUGCCGACUCCGCCGCCAAUCCCGGAGGAGAUCCUCCGUUCCCUGGAAGCACUGCGACAGUAA